UACAUUACAUGUAUGAUCAUUAUGAACUAAGUAACCAUAUAAGAAAUAUUAGAACUAGACAUUACCUGGUGGAAUUUGAAUUGGCUGUCGCCAUCUUCGUCACUGAGACCAACUAGCAGUUUGAAAUUUUGAAUUAUAUAAUGCUCUUGUCAUGUGCAUGCGGCUCUAGAAACAUGUUUGACCAAUCAUUCUACAUCUAAUUAAAACGUAUAGCUAUGUUUAAUUGUAAUUUAGAGAUAAUUUCUUUGAAAUAUACCCAAAUAUCGCCCAUUAAAAUAUCCACAUACAAAUUUCAUAAACAAAUAAUAUGGUUUACUUUUCGACUAAUUUUUUGAAUUGUAUUUUUUUAAAAAGAAUGGUCAUCUUAUACAGUUGAACAAGCCACCAAUUUUUUAUAAGGUUUAUCUGUAUAGAAAUUUUCUUAUUUAAAAUUCAGUUUCCUCUGUAAUCAUUUGCUUGUUCUGAUAAGCAAGUUUGAGUUCUCUCUUUCUUCCUCUGUAUUGCAUUUUCCUUUUUCUUGAUAUUUGUUGCAAGAGUUCUCAGUUCCUCAACUGAUCUCUUCUUGGUCUCUCUGAAAAUUUUCACUUAUAUGUUUUAUGUUUUCUUACUCUCAGAUCAACCGAUUGAGACGUGCGUCACAAACAAACCUAAAAAAUGAGCUACAACGUUUGUUUCCUUGUGUUCUUGAGUUGUCUACUUCUACUUGGUGUUACUUUUGCUACCAACAUGGAACAAACCACUAUAGUAAUAGACGUUACACGUCAAAUCGCCGAGAUCGAUGAGAACUUUGUCUGCGCAACACUUGAUUGGUGGCCACCUGAAAAAUGCAAUUACGAUCAGUGUCCUUGGGGCUACGCCUCUCUCAUCAACUUGAACUUGUCUUCUCCUCUUCUUGCUAAAGCUAUUCAAGCUUUUAAGACGCUGAGGAUAAGAAUAGGUGGGUCCUUGCAAGACCAAGUGAUCUACGACGUAGGAGACUUGAAGACUCCUUGCACUCAGUUCAAAAAGAGUGACGAUGGCUUGUUCGGAUUUUCUGAAGGAUGUUUGUAUAUGGAACGUUGGGACGAACUUAACCGUUUCUUCCACGCAACCGGGGCUAUUGUGACUUUCGGUUUGAAUGCAUUAUACGGGAGAGAGAAACUCAGAGGAAAUGCAUGGGGAGGGGAGUGGGAUCACACCAACACUCAAGAUUUCAUGAACUAUACAGUCUCAAAGGGUUACGCUAUAGACUCAUGGGAGUUUGGUAAUGAGCUUAGUGGAAGUGGGAUUGGUGCAAGUGUGAGUGUAGAGCUUUACGGUAACGACUUGAUAGUACUUAAAGAUGUAAUCAAGAACGUUUACAAGAGUUCUCGGACCAAGCCAUUGCUUCUAGCUCCUGGAGGGUUCUAUGAAGAAAAAUGGUACUCGGAGCUUUUUCGCCUCUCUGGACCUGGUGUUCUUGAUGUCAUGACUCAUCAUAUAUACAACCUUGGUCCAGGGAAUGAUCCAAAGCUUGUGAGUAGGAUACUAGAUCCCAAGUACUUGAGCGGAUCAGUUACGGGACUAUUCAAGAACGUUGAGAGAACGAUUCAAGAACAUGGACCUUGGGCUUCUGCUUGGGUUGGAGAAGCUGGAGGAGCUUUCAAUAGCGGUGGCCGGGAGGUUUCUGAGACAUUCAUUAACAGCUUCUGGUAUCUAGAUCAGUUUGGUAUGUCGUCUAUGCACAACACCAAAGUAUACUGCAGACAAGCUUUGGUUGGAGGUUUCUACGGUCUGCUUGAAAAGGAAACGUUUGUUCCCAAUCCAGAUUACUACAGUGCUCUUCUUUGGCACCGUUUGAUGGGUAAAGGCGUUCUUGGCAUUCAGACAAAUGCCUCGGAGUAUCUACGGACUUACGUUCAUUGUUCGAAAGGAAGAGCGGGGAUAACGAUUCUUCUGAUUAAUCUGAGUAAGCAAACGACGUUUACAGUAGGAGUCAGCAAUGGCGUGAAGGUGGUUUUGCAAGCAGAAUCUACGAAGAGGAGAUCUUUCUUGGAAACAACCAAGAGCAAGGUUUCUUGGGUGGGAAAGAAAGCUUCGGAUGGAUAUUUGAACAGAGAAGAGUAUCACUUGAGUCCAAAAGACGGUGACUUGAGGAGCAAGAUAAUGAUGUUGAACGGUAACCCUUUGGAACCAACGGUCACUGGAGAUAUCCCAAAGCUUGAGCCGGUCCGAUACAGCGUGAAGUCUCCUGUUUAUAUCAAUCCAUUGACGAUCUCGUUCAUUGUGUUGCCUACCUUUGAUGCUCCUGCUUGUUCAUAAAGACCAUGAUGACCUUCUGGUGACUUGUAAAAUUGAAAAUCUGAAUAACAAAAAGUGAAUAUACCUUCGCAACUGUAUGCAUACACAUGCUAUUGGACAAUACAUUGAUAACUGGGUUUAUUCCAAUCCACUUUCUUAUCAUUUGAUUAAGGAGAAAUAUAGAUUAGUGGAAUGUGACCAAA